AUGGCACCCCAUUUGGCUGAGCACACUCAGGGAUACGCUAAAUUGGAUAUUGUGGCUGAGCUGCCGCUGCCGUUAUCGCGCUCAGUUCCUACAUAUGAUGAGCGGUGUCUACAAGUGGCUGCAUUACUACAAGAGAAGCCGUGGGCGCGAGCCUUCGCGCUCACUGGGGGGAUCGGGUGGCGCCUUACCAUGUUAAUCGGAGGUCAGAGCUACGUCAACGCUGUUGCGAAAGGUCCUUCGGGUAGCGCGCGAGCUCAUGGCGACGAGCUGGAGUGGCCUGCGGACUACGUCUGGGAUGAGGCACCCGGGUGUGCUUACGAUAUGUUGAGCGGACGCAGUGGACAGUUCGGCCUGUGGCCACCGCAGGAUCUGUGGGAUACGAUCUUUAGCAAUGGCUUGUGGACAGCUGUCCACGAGGAAUGGUUUCAAGAUUGGCUGACCUUCCUGAAGUCGGCGGAGCGAUCCACGCACAACCGAGCAGUACAGGAUGAUCACUGGUGGGGCGUCAUCGAAAAUCGGAUACACUCGAAGCGUCGUCCCUCCAUGAUCAGCCAUCUACCGCAUACCUCGACCGGUUGGGCAACGCGAGCGGGCGUUGGAGAUACCACACGGCCUGUCCUCGUCCCCGUAGGAGACCAGAAGCUUUGA